AUGCAAAACAAUAGAAAACUAAUCACGUAUUCUGUCUAUAACAUAACUCCUAUUUUGACUUUGAACCAGGCAUCCAACAUUCUCCCACCUUCUCUAAUCUGUACUAAAACAUUGUCGAAAAGCCCAGAGUCAAAAGCAAAUAAACGUAAAUGACUUCUUCACAACACACAAUAUCUCAUACACAAGAGGAAUUAUCCCGUAUUAAUCCUAUCACUACUGGUGGAUUGACACCAGAAGAAAGUGACGCAGAAGCUUACUUUCAGAAGCAAAUAGAGGAAAGUCUUAAGCGAGAGCCGACGAAACCUCCUACUAUUGUGGAACAAUUCGUUGCGUUCUUUACCACGCCUUUUGCUUCAUUGAGUGGAAGAAAAGAGAAGGAUAUGGGAAGUGAUUAUGUUGUUUGA